CAUAAUUCAGCGCUCCACUGGCACGAGCUGGUGCAUCUUGCGCUGUUCUUCGCGUGACCGGUCCGCAUCCUCCCAUCUUCCAUCAAGCACUGAACGACGCAGUGAAGAUGCUGCUGCUCGCACUGAGUCUCGGCCUGGUUCGCGUUAAUGGACUCCUUCCUGAAACUUGGACAGCUCCCGGUGAGGAUUUACAGUCGCACGCGCCCACAGAGGCGAACAUAGGACAAAACCCGACUGUGCUGAGCGACUUGUUCAGGGAGGUGAAGAAACUGGUGGAAGACACGCAGCACCAGCUGGAUGAUGCUGAGCAUCAGAUGGACAACGAGAGCGCAAGAUCUAUCCAGCCCAUCCAUAACGUCACCUCAAAUUACAGCUAUGAAAGCAGCACGGAGAUCGUUACCGGAAAUCGAUCCGUCCCUGCUGCUGAGGCGAUCGAUAAGAUACCAGGCAACACAACCGAGGAGGUCCACAUGACCAGAAGCGUUAACCAGUCCAGCGGCAAAGAAACUGACGUUGAUCAUGAGUGCGUUAUUGACGAGGACUGUGAGAAGGGUAGAUACUGUCUCUACGAUGAACACCACUCCGAGUGUAUGCCUUGCAAGCAGUCCGAUGCGACCUGCAGGAAAGAUGAGGAGUGCUGCGAGGGCCAGCUGUGUGUGUUGGGUCAGUGCAUGAACUCCACUAAAGGAGAAGCAGGAACCAUCUGCCAAGAACAAAGCGACUGCGACAGCGAUCUGUGCUGUGCAUUCCACGAAGAUCUGCUUUUCCCAGUGUGCAGCCCCAAACCCAAAGAACGCGAGCCCUGUCACAUCUCCACCAAUCACCUGAUGGACCUGCUGUCAUGGGAUUUUGGACGCAGGAGUCCAAAAGAGCACUGCCCCUGCGCUGGGGACCUGCAGUGCCAACAUCUGGGUCGCAGCUUGGUGUGCUUGAAAGGUCCGACGUCCAGUGAAGAAGCUCUGAGUGACACUCUGUACUCCGAGAUCGACUACAUCGUCUAAACCUGGACACAGGACUUGUCCAGACUUUACGUUAGUACAAUAGUGAGCUCUGCAAACUUCACUGAGCCUGAAAACCUUUAGCAGGUAGACUAUUAAAGUAUUACUCAAGACCAUAACUGUAUGUACAAUCUGGUCACCAUUAUCAUGCUUCAUGUGCCAGUGUUAAGCUCGUCUACAAGCGCAGUAGCUUUUAGCAGGAAGUGGACCAUGUAAAGGUUCACCCAAAGCUCUGCAGACAGGAAACAGUAUUAAACUACUUAGGCGCCCGGGACUGAAAUGGUCGCUGAUGUGCGAAAAUGAGCACUGCGGGUGCUCGGUUAUAACCCAGUUAUCAGACUUCAGGCCUGGAGGAUCCCAGAGCUUCAGAGGUCAGCAUUUCACACUCAUUAUCAGUCUUCCAUGUGCUAAAUUUAAUACGUGAGGGUGGGUGGGUGGGGGGGUG